AUGAAGAACUCACCGACUUAUGUCAGCCUAGCUACCAGUCCUCAUCAGUGUUCCGUCUGCUUCAAAUCCUACAAGCGCCGGGAGCAUCUCCAGCGCCAUCGCAAUUCCCACUCCGCUGACCGGCCGCAUCGAUGUCCGGCCUGUCCCAGUACGUUCCAGCGAGCCGACGUCCUGCGACGGCACCUCCGAACAUGCGACCGCAUUAUUUUUAGCGCUUAUCAGGGAGCGACUCGUAAGCGCGCUUGUGAUCGCUGUGCACGUCAGAAAAAAGCUUGCAAUAGCGCCCGACCGUGCCAGAAUUGUUCCAAGAGGGAAGUGGAGUGCGCAUAUUCCACACUGAAGAAUGAUACCCAGGCGGUCGAGGAGAUAGCUUCUACUACGGUUUCACUAGGUGCCGAUAGUAGCAAUGUGACAGCGGCAAGUGUUCUGUGGACGCCCCGCACUGGAGCCGACGAGCGGCUGGACAGCGCUGGAUUUGACGCUUUCGCCUGUGCAGACCUCGAUCUUCUCCAAUACUCCGACCAGUCAUGGCAAGAUUUGUUUAACUUAGCUUCGGAGGAUCUCUCUCUGGCGAGCGCUGACCGCAACUACUUCUUCCAUUUCCUCGACGCUUUCACCAGUUGCACUGGCUUCGUCUCGUCCUUUGAAUGCGGAACAUUGGAGCAAAGAUCGGGGGUUCUAUAUAGCAUCGAGGAGAAAGAACGGCUCAUAGACACUUUUUGGGCCACUAACGUGGACCAAUUCAGCAAUCUAGAUAGCAACAACUCGUACGCGGUCUCGUCGCAAUGGCUCAAUGACCCGCUGGCCUUACAGACACAUCAGAUUCUUCUUCUAAUAAAGGAGGUCGUCAUGCUCAAGCCGCGCAACAGCUGUGUGACCAUCUCAUGGUCUCAGGACAUCGAGCAACGAUGUCUGCAGUUCUUCUCUCCUACAAGUCUCCGGAAGUAUAUUGAACUCUACUGGUCGAUCUGGUCUCCAAACGUGAACUUUCUCCAUCGGCCAAGUUUCCACCCGGCGAGCUCCAAGCCAGUCCUCCUGGCGUCUAUGGCCAUCAUUGGUGCCUGUGUUUCGCCAAACCUCGAAGAUAACGAUAAUGCUCGGAUGUGGUUCAACUGUGUAGAAGAGGCCGUGUUCGCCGAUGAGGACUUUAACCGGGACCCAGUCUCACCGUUUCACCCUGUUCGUGACAUACAAAAGAUGCAAGCUCUGCAGGCCGCUUACAUGGUCUGCUUGUACCAAAAUUGGGAAGGCAGUGAUGCCAGCAAGAAGCGCAUCCGUCGUCAUCGCUUCAGCACUGUCGUUUCGACCGUUCGUGAUCUUGAUAUCACGACAGCGCGACAUGUCGACUACAACGCGAAGCACAGGGAUGAGUUUGACUGGAACGAAUUUGUCGCCCGGGAAGAGUUGAUCAGGACUUUUAUCUGGGUCUUUCUGUUGGAUACGGCAUUUGUCACCUUCAACAAUUUGCCGCCACGGAUGGUCGUUAAGGAAAUGAAAAUGCAAGGGGCAGCGCCCGAGUCUUGUUUCCAAGCACCUACGGCCGAUCAGUGUUACGAUGCGAUUCAGAGUUGGAUGCCUUCUGCGAGCAUCUGUUGGAAGUUUUCCUUCCGUGCACUGUUCGAGACCCUGUGCAUAGACGACCUGACAGUGAAGAUGCAACAAGCCGUGGCAGCCCUGGGUCCCUUGAAUCUCUUCACGAUCAUCUCUGGUAUCCACUCGUUGGUCUUCCAAUACCAGAGUUUCUUCAGCGCAGGGCAUCUACUCUUACGGACCCACACCGCGCUGCGAAACUUCAAGCAGAUUUGGCAUCUCCAUGAAACCACAACAAUUGGACAGUUGCCGCAUACGACGGUGGACGAAAGCAAUUUGAAUGCAGACAACAUGUGGCAGAGAGUGGGAUUCUGUCGCCACGCGGGCGAUUUCUGGCUUCUUGCAAGUGUCAAAGUCGACCGACUGUCUGGAGCGGAAGCAGAGCAACACAAGGCAAUCAGGGGAGAACUUGUGCUCGGUGACAGCGAACAGAGUGACCCGAUUUUGUCGCAAUAUGACCAAACCAGUAUGCGCCAAGUCAAUGAACUCAUUUCGGAGUUCCAAAGAGUGCACCUCAGCGACAUGCCCACCGCUGUGGAGUGA